AUGGCCUCAAAAGCCUGCUGCGAAAUCCCCCCUGUCGUAACGCACGACUACACCCCAAAUGGCACCUUUGAAACAACGGCAAACUUCAAAUCCUAUGUUACAGGGCCCAAGUCCAGUAAGACGGGGAUCCUAGUGAUAUUUGACAUAUUCGGCUACUUCCCGCAGACGCUUCAGGGCGCGGACAUCCUCGCUUCGGCUGGGCAUCUGGUCGUCAUGCCGGACUUUUUCAAGGGACAGGCGGCAGAUCCGGACUGCUACCCGCCUAGCACGCCGGAAAAAUUGAAGGCGCUCAUGGGCUUUAUUCAUGGCCCUGCAAAAUUGGAGGAUGGCGAGGCGAACGUUAGGGCUGUGGCGGAGGGGUUGAAGGGGGAGUUUGCGGGGGUGGAGAGGUGGGGGGUCGUGGGGUAUUGCUGGGGUGGGAAGGUGACGGCAAGAGUCUCUGGUCCUGGAACUCCAUUUACUGCCUCUGCUCAACUCCACCCUUCGUUCAUGAGCGUGGAGGAUCUUAGGAAAGUUACUAUCCCACAGCUGGUUCUCCCGUCAAAGGAUGAGCCCGCGGACAUGGUUGAAGCGUAUAAGAAGGAAUUGGCCGUGCAUCCGGACGGAGCGGUAAAGACGAAAAGUUACAUUGAAGUCUACGACAAGGCAAUCCACGGGUGGAUGGCGGCGAGGGCUAAUCUGGCCGACGAGGAUGCCCGAAAUGAGUACGAGAGGGGGUAUAAGCAAGUUGUCACGUUUUUGGGGGAUAAUUUGUAA